AUGCCGGAACCCGCCAAAUCAGCUCCCGCUCCUAAGAAGGGCUCGAAGAAGGCCAUUACAAAGGUCCAGAAGAAAGAUGGCAAGAAGCGCAAGCGCAGCCGCAAGGAGAGCUACUCGGUCUAUGUCUACAAGGUGCUGAAACAGGUUCAUCCUGAUACCGGCAUCUCGUCCAAGGCCAUGGGUAUCAUGAACUCCUUUGUCAACGACAUCUUUGAGCGCAUCGCGAGCGAGGCGUCUCGCCUGGCUCAUUACAACAAGCGCUCGACCAUCACAUCUCGGGAGAUCCAGACCGCCGUGCGCCUGCUGCUACCCGGGGAGCUGGCCAAGCACGCCGUAUCAGAGGGCACUAAGGCCGUCACCAAGUACACCAGCUCCAAAUAA